CUUACAAAUAUCUGGUACGCUCUCCUUAUGCCGCCAUGAAAAAGCGUCCAGAAGAUGUUAUCGAGUUUCCGGACAGCACAUUCAAUGUAAAACUGGCUUUCUCAGAAAAGGACUUGAAACUUCUUGAUGACGAAAGAACUGAUACUACUGACACAUCGCAGGUUCCAAGAGGCUCAAAUUCAAAGUUCACAGCUGCUUUAGGCAUCGUUGCCUCCACGGGAUUCUUAAUAGUCUUCUUAAACACAAUCGCUUAUGCUAGUCCUUUCUUUUCUGGGCUUGCAUCCCUUGUCAUUUCAAUGCUCGCCUACGAAUGGCAAUGUUUAUAUGGCACCAAUCUUUCCAGAAUUCCCCGAGCAAGCUUGAAUUACACCGAUUUGCUGAACAAAAACAGAGACUAUAUUCCAUUUUUUACACUGGGGUGGCUGAUGGGAGAAAGGUAUAAACCAUUCGUUCUUGGAGGCAUACCUGAUGAGCCGGAUGACAGAACACCAAAUGAGCCAGAGGCAAUAUCACCCGAGCGACAGCUACCUACAGAUCCAAAGUUUCUACGCUAAAGUUUGACUCGAAAAUAUCCUUGUUUGAACUCAAGAAACUAUUUUUUGUAAAUGCUGAUACAAUCUCUUCGUG